AUGAGCGAUGUGUACUCGGUCACACACAGUGCAGACGACAUCCUCGAUGCCAAUGGUCAGCCUACAGGACCAUUCACAGGGGUCUCGUUGAUCACUUCCCCUCGCCCUACACCGUGCUUCCUGGACAUCGUGGCCAUCAACGGUCGAUUCCUCACAUUCAAGAUAGAUACGGCCGAGACCUGCGCGAGCUACUUCUCAGCCACCCCAGAAGUGAGCCGCUUCUUCUGGCUGGGGGAUUUUAACGCCCAGCUGCUCGAUGAGCUGGCCGCGAACACGGGCGGCGUGGGCCGACAUGCCCUGUUUGGUGUCGAGCUGAACAGCUUGCCUCGCAGGCCCAAUGGAGAUCUGGUUCAGCUGGACCACGCCGUCAGCCAGGAAGCCCAUCAGGUGUUGUCCCACAGGUCUGGUCGGAAGCUAUCGUUGCCGAGAUGCAAGAAGGGGACGAUGGCUGAUCCAAAUAACUACCGGCCCAUUUCAUUGUUGAGCACGACAUACAAACGCUUCGCUCGGAUUUUGCAGAAGAGGCUGAAGGCUGUGGACGAGGCCUACAAAAAGGAUGGUAAGUUCCUGCCGUGGCUAUACAGCCAGAACCAGCCUUUACGACUUGGCCUACGCCGACGACACCGCCAUCUUUAUAGGCGCAGCGGAGCGGGGACAACAGAUUCUGCACAUGCUGCAGGAGGCGGUAGCGCAAGGCAGUCUUUCCCUGAACUCGAAAAAUCGGUAUUGCUCCGCUCGACCACUGCCUCCAAUCACAUCCAGUUCCUCACGGGUGAAGGGAUGAAAACAGCCACACAGGCCAAGUACUUGGGUGUCAUGCUAUGGUCUGACUCCCCGAGCAAGACCGAAGUCAUUACCAGAUUGGCCACAUACAACGCGGUGUUUGUCCCGAUGCUGUCUUAUGGGAUGGAAUCAGCGGCGCUCACAGCAGCACACCUCGACAGGGUGGCAGUGAACCGUCCUGUCCUGAACAAGCGAGACCCAAGGAUGAAAAAACUUGUCAAGAGGUACCGACUGGACAAGGCUGCGGAGUCCAAGCUUUGCGAGGUCUUGGCCAAGUGGGAUGAGGACAAGCAGCACAGGUAUUACAAAGAGCUUUGGAAGGUGCUGGCUGAUGCAGUGAAGCCAUCUGCGACAGUGAUGAUCGUUGUGAAAAAGAUCGUGGCUGGGACUAUGGGUGUUGCCACAGCCAAGCCAAUCGAGGAAGUGCGACCCCGGCUCGCUUUGCAACGAGGUGCUGCACCAUUUCAUAUUGAGGAUCUCAGCGCCACAAAAUGGCUAGACAAGAAGGAAGAUGCGGGGCAACGUCAGCAGCGAGGCCCGCAGCCUGCAGUGUUCGCCAGGGACUGCAGUGUUCUCCUGCUCAUUGUCAUUAGUCACGACUCAAAGCCGGCGAUGGCUCGUGCACCAGUGUCCAGCGCCGAAGCACAGCCCGCAGGCUUCAAGGCUGCCAAAGGCGCCGCAGACGGCUGCGCUGCAGCAAGGCUAGUGCGCAAAGAUCUUCUGGAAGAGACCUGUGAAGCGAGGACAUCAGGAGGUGAGCAGUGCGCGAGUUCCGUCACUUUGCCGUGGCUGCAAGAUGCAAGUGGACAUCCCAAGGGCCGCUUCACUUCUCCUUCCGUGAUAUACCUCUUUCCGGGCAAGGAGAUGAAGGUUGGCCGACAGCCAGACAUGUGCGCGGUGGUCAUGGACUGCCCAGAAGUUCCGCAGAUGAUCAGCCGCUGCCAUGCUAGACUAGUGGAUGCUGAAGGCAUUUGGGUCCUGACAGAUGAGAAGAGCUUGAACGGCAUCCAUGUCAACGACGUGAAACUCAAUGCGCCCAAGCUCCUGAGACAUGGUGACUCUAUAUGUUUCGGCAGGAAGCUGAACGACCGACCUGUCUUCGAGUAUGUUUUUGAGGAGAAAGAUCGUCAGAUUCCAGAAAGACCAGGCAAAAGGAAACGGGAACCCCAAGCAGAUGCAGUUGCUGUGGGCCAAGCUACCGCAACUGUCAAGGAUGGGGAUGUUUCCACUAGUGCUGCUUGGCAAGAAGCAAAGCAGUGCGACGCACCCGGGCUUGGUGACCUUGCAGAUGCAGAGGGCGACAACAUGUUGCAACAGGAAAUGGGCAAGCUCAUGAAGGAUCACAUGGCAAGAGUAGCACAAGAGAGGCUGGAUCUUGAUACCAGGCGCGCAGAGCUGGAUGCCAAGUUCAAGCAGCUGGAAGCAAAAUCGCAACAGCCUUCAAAGGAAGCUAGCGUCCCCGCUGUCAAUCUGAAGGAGCUUCAGUCUGAGCUUGUGUGUUCCAUUUGCCGAGACUGGAUUGUCCAUGCUGCCUCCAUAGAGUGCGGGCACAUGUUUUGCCGGGAAUGCAUAGAUCAGUGGCUCGCCCACAAACACUUUUUGUGUCCAGUCUGCCGUGCCACGGUCAGACAAGAGCCAACAGCUGCCCGAACACUCGAUGUGAUCGUUGACAAAACCAUACAGCAGAGCAGUGCGUCCGACAUGCAGGAGUUCCAAAGUCGCUUAAAAAAGGCAGAUGAGCUUCAGGCCAAGCGGCGGAUGGCCACGCGGGACUUGGAAGAUUCAGUGAAAGAAGCCGUUCGCAGCAAGAAAAAGUUCUUUCACGUCAACCAGAACUGGGGUAAAAAAGAGAAGAAGACCUUCCACGAUGGCGUCAAGCAGUACAUUAGCGAAGGAAGAGAGGCUUACUGCCAGCUGGUUGGCCUUACCAUUAGCUGGGUCUACAGUGCCGAUGAUUCCAAACUCAAUCAGGCACUGCACAAUCUAGGUUUGCAGGAGUUUGUCAGCAAGCCCGAGAAGGACAUUCGGCAGAGACUGCUGAUGUUUCUGCGCUAUGGGAAGAAUCCGCGGAACAUCCCCGCCGGAUCCUUCAAGCCGCAGCGCGGCAUGGGAGUCAAUGGCAGGAUCGCAGCACGCGCAAUGCACGAGGGUGCCCAGAGGAUUCGCCAGGAGAUCUUUUGCUUGGUGAAUGUUCGGCUCGCUGUCAACAAGUCCGUUGCAUUUGCUUUGCUGUUGCAGGAGCUUCAGGCCAAUUUGAUCCAGCAAAUGCGGUCCCAGAUGGGUGGCGACAACUAG